CGGCGGCGGCGGCCGUAGCGGCGACUACGGCGGGAGUUAGCGCGUCCCGGGCUCGGGCCUUACCGCUCCAGGGAAGAUGUCGGGGUCCGACGAGCCCCGGGUGAUGUCCGCGGCGGAUGAGGCUGAGCCGCAAGAGGAGGAGGAGGAGGAGGAAGAGGAGGAAGAGGAAGGAGAAGGGAAGAAGAGGGAGAAGGAGCCGCCGCCGGCGGUUCCUGGGGCAGCCGGGGCGCCGGGGCCCAGCGCCGGCUUCGGGCUGGUGGCGGCGCGGCGGGAGCCGGCCGUGAAGCUGCAGCACCCCGUCAGCGGCCUGGAGCCGCUCUCCUGGUCCGAGGACCACCGGGUGUCGGUCUCCACCGCCCGCAGCAUCGCGGUGCUGGAACUCAUCUGCGACGUGCACAGCCCGGGCCAGGACCUGGUCAUCCACCGCACUUCGGUGCCCGCCCCGGCCAACAGCUGCCUGCUCAAGGUUGGUUCAAAAAAGGAGGUUGCUGAAUGUAAGGAGAAAUUUGCCACCUCUAAGGACCCUACGGUCAGUCAGAGCUUCAUGCUGGAUAGGGUAUUCAAUCCUGAAGGAAAAUCUUUGCCACCAAUGAGAGGAUUCAAGUACACUAGCUGGUCCCCAGUGGGCUGUGAUGCUAAUGGGAGAUGCCUGUUGUCAGCAUUGACCAUGGACAAUCGGUUGACUAUCCAGGCUAACCUCAACAGACUGCAGUGGGUACAGCUGGUUGAUCUAACCGAGAUCUAUGGAGAACGACUUUAUGAGACCAGCUAUAAGCUCACCAAAAAUGAAGCCCCUGAAGGAGAUCUUGGGGACUUCGCCGAGUUUCAGAGGAGACACAGCAUGCAGACGCCAGUACGGAUGGAGUGGUCAGGCAUUUGCACCACCCAGCAGGUCAAACACAAUAAUGAAUGCCGUGAUGUUGGCAGUGUUCUUCUGGCAGUCCUUUUCGAAAAUGGAAACAUUGCAGUGUGGCAGUUUCAGCUCCCAUUUAUUGGCAAGGAAUCCAUCUCUUCAUGCAACACCAUUGAAUCAGGGAUUACCUCUCCUAGUGUUUUGUUUUGGUGGGAGUAUGAACACAACAAUCGAAAGAUGAGCGGGCUCAUUGUGGGGAGUGCUUUUGGGCCUGUUAAAAUUCUUCCUGUUAACCUCAAAGCAGUUAAAGGCUACUUCACAUUAAGGCAACCUGUUAUUCUAUGGAAAGAAAUGGACCAGUUGCCAGUGCACAGCAUUAAAUGUAUUCCUCUUUAUCAUCCUUAUCAGAAAUGUAGUUGUAGCUUAGUGGUGGCUGCUAGGGGAUCCUAUGUGUUUUGGUGUCUUCUUCUGAUAUCCAAAGCAGGUCUGAAUGUUCAUAAUUCCCAUGUCACAGGACUUCAUACACUACCAAUUGUUUCUAUGACUGCAGACAAGCAAAAUGGUACGGUAUACACAUGCUCAAGUGAUGGAAAGGUUAGGCAGCUGAUUCCCAUUUUUACAGAUGUGGCAUUAAAGUUUGAGCACCAACUGAUUAAACUAUCAGAAGUAUUUGGCUCAGUGAGGACUCAUGGGAUAGCAGUAAGCCCCUGUGGUGCAUACUUGGCAGUCAUCACAACUGAGGGCAUGGUCAAUGGUCUGCAUCCUGUUAAUAAAAACUACCAGGUUCAGUUUGUAACUCUCAAAACAUUUGAAGAGGCAGCAGCUCAACUCUUAGAGUCUUCAGUUCAAAACCUCUUUAAGCAGGUAGACUUAUUAGACCUGGUACGCUGGAAAAUUUUGAAAGAUAAACAUAUCCCUCAGUUUUUACAAGAAGCCUUGGACAAAAAGAUUGAAGGUUCUGGAUCUACUUACUUUUGGCGUUUUAAACUUUUCCUCUUGCGGAUUUUAUACCAGUCAAUGCAGAAAACCCCUUCAGAGGUCUUAUGGAAACCCACCCACGAGGACAACAAAAUAUUAAUAACUGACUCUCUUGGGCUGGGCCACGCUGAGGAGGAACAACAGGAAGAAGGAACUUCUUUCAAACAAAUGAGCAAGCCAGGUGGUCAUGAGAGAAACAAAGAAAGAGAUGCUGAAGAUCUAGCGGACAGCUCACCAAUCCAGUCUGGAGAUGCAGGUCGUGAGCCAAUGGAAGAAAAGCUCCUGGAAAUCCAAGGAAGAAUUGAAGCCGUGGAAAUGCACUUAACUAGGGAGCACAUGAAGAGAGUAUUGGGGGAAGUAUACCUGCAUACAUGGAUCACAGAGAACACUAGCAUCCCCACCAGAGGACUCUGUGACUUUUUAAUGUCUGAUGAAGGCUAUGAUGACAGAACAGCUCGGGUACUCAUUGGGCACAUCUCAAAGAAGAUGAACAAACAAACUUUCCCUGAACACUGCAGCUUGUGUAAAGAAAUUUUGCCAUUCACAGAUCGUAAGCAGGCAGUUUGCUCCAAUGGGCACAUUUGGCUUCGGUGCUUUUUAACCUACCAGUCCUGCCAGAGUUUGAUAUACAGAAGGUGUUUGCUUCAUGACAGCAUCGCACGACAUCCAACUCCAGAAGAUCCUGACUGGAUAAAGAGGUUAUUGCAAGGCCCUUGCCCGUUCUGCGACUCCCCUGUUUUCUAAAUGACAGUCAUGGGAAGAUGGAGAAGGCAGUUGUUUUGCUAUAAAAAACUUCCUUUGCCUGGAAGGAAAAAAAAAACAUAGGAGUAAACUUUGCCUAUAUAAGAGGAGAGAUGCUGCCCUUAUUCCUAUAAAUGGGACAUUGGAGACUCCUGUCUUAGAGGCUCAGUUCUCUCUUGUCUUGAGAGGCGGAAGUGCAUCUUUUUUUAUAUAUCUGGAUAAUGAGGAUUUGCUGAAGUAUUUUUGAGGUGACUGCAAGUCCCUCUUACCUAAUGGGCACUCUUAUUUGGCAUGUGUCUUUUGAUGGAAAACAGCCUGGACAAUAACCAUCUCCUAACAUUACUGGAAACCAGAUGGCUUCUUCUGACCGGUGAAGUACAACUGGCCCCUUUUCUUCUUUGACAGGAGUAGUCUCCUAGAGGGGGAGAGAGCGUCCGUCUUCUGGUGGCUGGCUUCUCAACAAGUCCUAACAGCCAGCAUACCAUCAAGUUGAAGUAUCCUCAACUGUGAACAGUUUUGUUUUUUCUUAACAAGUGGCCUGCAUGCCUGCUGCAGCCCUUCAGAGGAAUCAAAUUAGCAUUUUAGUUCUCGUUUUCUCUCAAAAUGAACAAACAUCAUCCUUUGCCUUUUGUGGUUAAUACUGUGUUGAGACCAAAAGACUAAAAUUGGUUUUGCUGUGCCAAAUCAAAUGAGUAUCAGUUGGGCGGGGCUGUUAUUGGUUAAUACUCAUAUAUAACUUUUUAAAUUAGCUAUGCCUUCCAUAUAAUCUGAUCAUAUUAACCAACUCUUAAAAAUAUAUCAGGAUUCCUUCCUUCAUCCUUCUUUGGUUUUGAAGUAAAUUUAUUUAAUUGCUUA